AUGCCACCACGAAACAACCCCCUCCCAACGGCAGUACGCCUGUUUAAAUGCACCAUCUGCAGCAAAGACUACUCCCGCCAGAUCGAAUAUGAGAACCACCUUCGCUCCUAUGACCACAAUCACCGCCAGCGUCUCGCCGACAUGAAGAAGCUCACAGCCAGCAACGACACUGAAGCGAGCAAGCCAAAGCAAGGCCUCGAGAUGCGCACCAUCGAUGUCGACAACGCAAACAAGAAGCCUGGGGUCGGUAGUCGGUUCACCAAGAUUGGCGGGGGAAGUGCUGCAGGCGCAGGGGUAAACAAGUUCAAGAAAGUUGGCGUUGCGGUUAGUGGAAAGGAGAGCGGAUAUGAGGAAGAGGAUGAGGCUGUCAAAGCAGAGAAUAUUCCCGUGGAUAGUGUGGAACAGGUACCGGUUCCUGCUGCGAUGCCGGGUGUGCAGAUGGACAUCAAGCACGAGGAAGAUGCGGAUAUGGCGGAGAGCGAUGAGGAAGAGGAUAUCACAUGGGAGGAUUGCAGUGAACUAUGUUGGUUUCUGAAGCACCCAGUAUCCGAUCUCAUCCCAUGUCUUACCAUCUCUGAAGGCUCCGGGCAAUGGUACCACACAGAUCGCGAUGUUUUCAUCUUGUUCGAUGACAUGAGCACAUGGGUUGCCGAGUUUUAUGCACCUGUCGUCGGCAGUCUCUCCGAGCCUCCCUCCAUUGGUGUAGUUCAGGUGCCCGCGUGA